AUGCCAACUUCACUCGCAACAUCUACUACCGACAAGACCCAAGAGGUUCGAAAAUUCGUCGCCCUCGACCUCUUCCGCUCUUACUCUGAUCCACCACGUACGACCUACCCCCUCACCCUUCACCCUACUGCUUCCACUGCUCCCCGCCUCGUACUUGGAACGCCGUGGACCCGCUCGACUAUAGCAGCAGAAGACGAAUUGGCGUGGUUGCCAGGUGCAUGGGGCUCAGACCUCGACCCGGAUGAGAUAUUCGAUAUGGAUAUGUAUUUCGAAGAAUCUGUUCCCGGGGACGACGACGAGCCCGAGCUCGACCCGCACCCGCAACACCUAGGCCUGGGUCCAAGGGCAGAGUACCACGACUUGGACCUCACGCCCUCGCACGAUAUGCUCGUCACACCCAAAUUCAGCAAUCAGCUCCCCGUGCCUCUUUCUCCGCCUCUCACCUCCACCACCACGUCGAGUACCUCCAUCACGCCUCUGCGCACUUCCUACUUUCUGCCUAUGGUCGAACAUGAGAAUGCAAAGGGAAAGGAGCUUGGGUACUUCCGUAUGGAGCAAGAACCAGAAUCCCUCGAGGAGCUCGAUGGAGAGGAAGAGGGCGAAGGGAGGUUUGAGCAGAUGAGGGCAUCAUGGGCGAGCCAAGCGAGUCGAGCAUCGAGCUUUGCUUCUUCCAUCUGCAGCUGGGCAGCUUCCUCCUACUCUUCCUCUGGCUCGUUCGGGUCUUUGGAGCAGUCAGACUCGCCAUUGAGUUUGGCAUCCUCGCUGUCUUCUCUCCGAAUCCAAACUGAUCCCGUUCGCACCUCCCCUUCACCCAGGCAGACCCGGCAGUCCGCGCGUUCUGGCAGCGCAGCGUCUCUCGCUUCUUCCUUAGCCUCUUUACAAAACGAGGCCGAAGAUGAAAUGGAGGGGAAAGAAGAUGUGACAUCCGGUCUCGUCAAAUUUGCUCUCGACAGCUUUUCCGCCCGUCCCAUUCGUCGUACUGGUACUGGGGCAGGCGCAUUGACAGGUGCAGGAUACGCGUUCGAAGGCAUCUCUCCCCAAACGACCGGUAAAUUCCUGCCCCAGGGUCUGCCCCAGAAGAGCGCGGAGAAGGCAGAGAAGGCAGAGCCUAGGAUAGGUACAUUCUUCCCCGGCUCUCGGCGCCCGACAAUGGUAACGGCACAAGUGGGAUCUUGA